CUUCCUAGCUUUCUCAAAUGGCUUACCUUCUCCAAUAUGUUUAUUCUCUGUGAUCAUAACAGAAUUAUUCACCCCCAAAAAAUAUGAUAUUCAGAUUUCCUACCAAUUAUUCAUAAGACACAGACAGCCUUGCUGCAGACUUCAUUACCUUUCUCUUUACACUAUUGAGAAGCUAGCUGCACAAAGACAAUUUAUGCAGCAAGGUUUCUUUGACUUUACAAGGAGUUUGGUGUAGUUCAACUCUCUCGUUCAGCUUCCUGUGCACCGAUGAUGAGAAGCAUAAGAUGAUUACUAGUUCGAAAGAGGUGGAUUGUCCACCGAAAAAAGAGGAUGAUACAAAUGAUGGUAAGAUUUCUAAGGCUUCAUCCAGCUCAGCGCCAUGGUUAAGAUUGAAGGAUCCAAGAAUUGUGCGGGUGUCUCGAGCUUUCGGAGGAAAAGACAGGCACAGCAAAGUUUGCACCAUUAGAGGGUUGAGAGAUAGGAGAGUUAGGCUUUCAGUAGCCACUGCUAUUCAAUUGUAUGAUCUUCAAGAUAGGCUUGGACUUAAUCAACCUAGUAAGGUGGUUGAUUGGUUGCUUAAUGCAGCUAAGCAUGAUAUUGAUGAACUCCCUCCACUCCCAGCGAUACCAGGGAACUUUUCCCUUAAUCAUCAAGCAAUGCUAGGUUCUUCUCGUGAACUCGGCGCCUCACAGUCUGGCAACAGCAUCAAUUGGGAGGAUCCAAGUGCAUUUCCUAGACCGAAUUUAUGGAAUGCUGAUGCAUUUUGGAGGGCUAAGUCGAAAGAGGUGGUAAUGGAUCCAGUGAAUGAAAAAGAAAACUGGACAAAAAGAAUUGAAGAGGAUAAGCAGGAUAGCAAUAUUGAAGGGAAUAGUACUGCACAAGUUUCAUCUAGCAGUUUCUUACACAGAGCUAGUCAUUCUUCCUUGCCAAGUUUGAUAAAUAAUGCCAUGCCAUAUGGUUCUUUCUUUCAUUUAGAACCUCCAAAUUUUCCAUUAUCUCAAAUGGGAAACCAUGGAUUUUCAACACAAACAGGAGAUAUACACAACCUAAAUGCUGUGCCGUUGUCAUCCGCCUUGUCUUUGUCAUCUGGCUCUCAAUUUUUUGUGUGUCCACCUGGUACAACACAGUCUUAUUUUCCUUCACAUGUCACAGCUUCCAUGGAGAAUGAUCCGAGACAAAUCAACCACUUUCAAGUGUUGACCCCAAGCACUCAAAAUCUCUUUCCAAAUUCCCUUACCCCGAGUCCAUACCAUGUAAGCCAACCCAUGAAACCUUCCCAAUAUUUCAGUGCCACUCCUAGUCGUCUCCAUUCUGAUCAGAAUAGCGAAAGUCCACCUGACAAGGACCCGGAAUUUCCUUGUAAAUGACAUGAAAAGCAAUGCCAGGAUUCGAAAAGAAGAAUAGAACGAUCCUGUUCCUAAAACAAGCAAAGCUUCAAUUUGAUUUAGUGUUCCAGGUGAGAGGAAAAGGUAUUGUUCUCUUAAAAACUUAUACUAGAUCACUUCUAUUUGUCCAAUGUGUUUGUUUGCAGACAGUUUUUCCUAUGGUACUCUCACAGCUAUAAUUAAUCUCAUGUUUGAUUUCACAUUUUUGCAUCUUCGUGUCCGUUUAUCAAUCCUAGGAAAGUGUUGUAUGUUGGAAAAAUGGUUCAUACUUGUGAGACAACCAUAGAAUAUUAAUGAUUUGAUUUUCAGUUGAACAGUGAUAGCAAUUUGUACAGGCCGUUUUGGACCUAAAAACUAUGGGUGUUAUAUUUGAUGUUGUCUGAAUGUCAUGAACAUUUGGACCUUAAGCUUA